AUGGAGGACAAACUACUGGAGGUUGUGGAUCCACGACUGGGCGGGUUGUACCCGGAGCAGGAGAUCAAGCUGGUGCUGAGGCUUGGGCUGCUUUGCUCUCAGUCCAUCCCUGAAGCGCGGCCAACCAUGAGUCAGGUGACGCGGUAUCUCGACGGCACCGACGGCCUGACAGAUGAUGUUGCGUUUGUGUUCUCAGAAGCCGAUUCAAUGGAUUUGGCAUCUCGGCUGUCGAUCACUUCAUCUUGGAGUGCAUUAAGGAAGCAAGCAAAUGUCUACAUCAUGACAUGGAGAUCCAUAUUGUCAUGCAUCCUGGUUGUCAAAUUAUCCUUGGUAAAUUUUCAAGGGCAACUGAAAGCUCCCCUUCCACAUCUUUUUCUCCUCCUCCUCUCCAUCUAUUCUCCAACUCUGGCCACCAAGUUCCUCUUUAAUGGGUUCAAAGAAGCUGCUAAUUUGAGCUUGGAUGCCUCGGCCCUUAUCACUUCCAAUGGAAUUCUCCAGCUGACCAAUGGCAGCAAGAGACAGAUAGGUCAUGCCUUUCUUUCUUCUCCGGUGCACAUGCUUCACAGACGAUCCGUUGUCACCUCAUUCAGCACAGCCUUCGUGUUCGAAAUCGUCACUGUUAAUGGCGGUGGCGGCGAAGGCCUGGCCUUUGUGGUUGCCACCUCCAAAACCCUGCCUGGAGCUCAGAAUGGCCAGUUCCUUGGACUCCUCAGCACCCAGAACAAUGGCAAUUUCUCCAAUCAUCUCUUUGCCAUAGAAUUCGACACGGUGAAGGCCACUGGACCAUUCAAUGACAUCGAUAAGAACCAUAUCGGUGUGGACGUCAACAGCCUCGAAUCAAAUGUCGCAAAGCCCGCCGCCUAUUACGCAGAUGGUGGCAAUAAGGUGUCCAUAGAACUGCUGAGUGCGCAGCCAAACCAGGCCUGGAUCAACUAUAAUGGUGUCACAGGCAUUCUGAACGUGACCAUCGCUCCGCUGCGGCUCCCCAGACCACGCCGCCCUCUCAUAUCGCACGCCAUCGAUCUAUCGCCAAUCUUCAAGGAGUACAUGUACGUUGGAUUCUCCGCCGCAACUGGAAAUCUCACAAGCCACCACUAUAUCUUGGGUUGGAGCUUCAGCACGGAUGGAGUCGGGUCGAGCCUCGAUCCAUCUCAGCUGCCCCUUUCAAGGCAAAAGGAUGCAUCACCAGCUUCAAGAUUUAGGAGACUAAAGAUCACAUUGGGCGUUUUCUUUGGGUUACUGUCCUCUAUAGCGUUGAUUGCACUACUUAUAAAGUCUAUUAAGGAUGGCAACUUUCUUUCAUUCAUUAUGCUGGUAGCUCAAAUUAAAGACAGAUUUUCUCAAUAUGGUGAUUGA